UGGAAAAGAGAUUGAGAUAGAUAGAGUGAAAGGGAAUCUAGAUUAUAUGGCGAGAUUCACUCAUUUUGUUCUUCCUUUUAAAUUAAGUCCAAAAAUUCGUAAGCAGUCGUAGAAGAAGAGAGGAGAGAAGAAAAAAAACCAAAGAAAAAGAGAGAGGGAUGAAUAUAUUGUGAAAGCAUGCUUUGUCUGCCACUAAAGCUUCAAUGAGCAAUUCAUCUCAAGAUCCUUUACUAUCAUUGCCAUUCACAAGAACCCUUUUGAUAAUUUCACCAGAAACCGAGAAGUGGGCUUGUGUUUCUUUUGCUUCCCCAACAAUACUUCCAUCAAUAAAAUAAGAGAAACUUUGAUUCAUUCCAUUUGAUACUCAUUCUAAUAUCUUUUUUGGCUUCUUUUUCAAUGAAGGAUUGAAUUUCUUUUUCUUGUUUCCCUCCUGAAUCCUUGAUUUAGAUUGGGAAGAUCGCAUCUUUGUGGAUAAAGUUUGGAACUUCAUUGGUUUUCUACUUCUAUUCCAGUUCAUGAAUUCCAUGGUUUAUGCUGUUUUAUCAUCCCAAGGAAUCACUUGAAUUUUGGUGGUUUUGCUGCUCUUUUGCUGAGUAAUGGGCUCAAGAGGUAUGCCAAAGCUUUGAAUCUGUUGUGGGGCUUCUUUCACUGUUUUGGUUGUUCAUCAAUAUAUUCUGCUCGCUGUUCUUUAUUUUCUUGAUCAUUGCUGCAGUGUCCUAUUUGUUUUAAUGGGAUUUUUGGUUCCUUGACUGAUUGAUUCAUCAGUCUCUUGUGGUACAAUUUGGAACUCAUUAGGCCUUAUUGUAAUUUAUGAGUUCCUACUGAGGUUGACUUUAUUAGAUCAUUGAAGUUGUGGAAUCGCUGUUGAUUUCCAAGAGUAAUUCAUAGCGGUGAUUCGUUAUCAGUUCAAGCUGUAAUUUUGGACUUGUUUAAGGUUGAAAUCAUGUGUGAAGUUGUUGUAGUGUCAAGAAGAGGUUUAUUUUUGUGUUGGAUAAUAACUUUUGCAGCUGUUCUGCUUCUGGUUUGUCCUUCAGAGGGGUUGAAUGCAGAAGGCAUUCACCUCCUAGAGAUUAAGGCAAAUAUUGUUGAUGAGUUUAAAAACCUAGGAAAUUGGAAUCCUAGUGAUCAGACACCGUGUGGAUGGUUUGGUGUGAAUUGCACGUCUGAUUAUCAUCCAGUUGUGUGGUCUCUUGAUUUGAAUUCAUUUAACCUUUCUGGUACCUUAAGCCCUAGUAUUGGUAACCUAUCUAACCUUAUUUAUCUUGACCUUUCUUAUAAUGGACUCACUGGAAAAAUUCCAAAGGAGAUUGGAAAGUUAUCAAGGUUAAAGUCUCUCUAUUUGAACAAUAAUGAGUUUGAAGGGCCAAUUCCAGUUGAAGUAGGAAAUCUUUCCUUUUUGAUGGAGUUGAAUAUGUGCAACAACAAAAUUUCUGGUAACAUUCCAGAGGAGUUUGGGAAGCUUUCAUCUCUCGUUGAAUUUGUUGCUUACACAAACAAUAUAUCAGGCCCCUUGCCUCUGUCCAUUGGUAAUCUGAAAAAUUUGGAAAAGAUUCGAGUAGGCCAAAAUUCAAUUUCAGGAAGCUUACCUGCAGAAAUAGGUGGCUGUCAGAACUUGAAAUAUCUUGGUCUUGCUCAGAAUAAAUUGGGAGGUAGUCUACCUAAGGAGCUUGGCAUGCUUGACCAAUUGACGGAUGUAAUCCUCUGGGACAAUCAGUUGACUGGUUCAGUUCCAAAGGAGAUUGGCAAUUGUACAAAUCUUCAAACGCUUGCUUUGUACCAGAACAAUCUUGUUGGAGAGAUUCCUGCUGAAAUUGGGAACCUUAAGGCGAUGCAGAGGUUAUAUAUUUACCGGAAUGGAUUGAAUGGGACGAUUCCAAAGGAGAUUGGGAAUCUUUCUUUAGCGGUGGAAAUUGAUUUCUCCGAAAACAAUUUGAUAGGUGAAAUCCCACCUGAGUUGAGCCAAAUCAAUGGUCUACAUUUACUCUACCUGUUUCAGAACCAGCUUACAGGCGUCAUACCAACUGUGAUCAGUGACUUGAAAAACUUGAAAAAGCUUGAUCUUUCAAUCAAUUUUCUGACAGGCCCUAUUCCGUUUGGAUUUCAGUAUCUACCAGCAAUGAGCCAGCUACAGCUUUUCACUAAUUCCUUAAGUGGUAGCAUCCCUCAAGGACUUGGGCUAUAUAGUCCACUUUGGGUGGUUGAUUUUUCAGACAACUACCUGACGGGUAGAAUUCCUCCACAACUUUGUCGCCUGUCCAAUUUGAUGUUGCUCAAUCUCGAGUCCAAUCGACUGCAUGGGGAAAUUCCAGCUGGUGUCACUAAUUGCAUUUCCUUAGUGCAACUUCGUCUUGAUGAUAACGGGCUAACUGGGAGCUUUCCCUCUGAUUUGUGCAAUCUCGUGAAUCUCUCCGCGGUUGAAUUGGGUGAGAACAAGUUCAGUGGCCCUAUUCCUUCACAUAUUGGAAACUGCCGAAAGUUGCAGAGGCUUGAUAUCUCAGGCAAUUACUUCACGUCUGAGUUGCCAAGGGAGAUCGGAAAUCUUUCUCAGCUUGUGACUUUUAAUGUAUCAUCUAAUUUACUCACGGGACGGAUACCAACAGAGAUCCUCAAUUGUAAGGCGCUACAGCGACUUGAUCUCAGCUGGAAUAGUUUUACUGGUGCCGUACCAAUUGAGCUUGGAACUCUCUCACAGCUUGAACUUCUUAUUCUUUCCCAGAAUAACUUUUCUGGUAACAUACCAGUUGCUUUUGGCAAUUUAUCUCAUUUGACUGAGUUGCAGAUGGGGGGAAAUCUGCUUUCUGGUGGAAUACCGUCGGAGUUGGGUGCACUUACAGGUUUGCAGAUUGGACUAAAUCUUAGUGACAAUAACCUCUCUGGUCCUAUACCACCUGAACUUGGAGAUCUCAUCUUAUUAGAAUACCUCUUUCUCAAUAAUAAUCAUUUAAGCGGUGAAAUUCCAAGCACAUUUGGCAACUUAUCGAGCCUUCUUGGUUGCAACUUCUCAUUCAAUGACCUUACUGGGCCAUUACCAGCUGUGCCAUUGUUCCUGAACAUGAGUAUCAGCAGCUUCAUUGGCAACAAAGGGCUCUGUGGUGGCCCUCUUGGUGAUUGUAGUGGGUCAACAUCACUUAAUCCUUAUCCUCCUGUGGAAUCUGCAACUGCUUCCCGUGGGAAGAUUGUCACAGUAGUUGCGGCUGUGGUUGGUGGGAUCUCUCUUAUUCUUAUUGUGGUCAUUUUGUAUUUUAUGAAACAGCGGCCAGAUGAGAUGAUUGCAUCCUUGCAAGAUAAGGAUAUGUCAUCGCAGGCUUCUGAUAUAUAUUUCCCUCCAAAGGAAGGAUUCACCUUCCAAGACCUGAUGGAGGCUACAAACAAUUUUCAUGACAGUUAUGUUGUUGGAAGGGGAGCUGUUGGGACAGUUUACAAGGCAGUUAUGAGAUCUGGGCAAACAGUUGCUGUUAAGAAGCUUUCAUCUAACAGAGAAGGUAAUAGUAUUGAGCAUAGUUUUCGAGCUGAGAUUCUAACUCUAGGGAAGAUUAGGCACCGGAAUAUUGUGAAAUUAUAUGGAUUUUGCUAUCAUCAAGGUUCCAAUCUGCUUCUUUAUGAGUAUAUGGAAAAGGGUAGUCUGGGUGAAAUGCUUCAUGGGGGAUCUUGUUGCUUGGAGUGGCCUACACGCUUUACUAUUGCAAUGGGUGCUGCUCAAGGCCUUGCUUAUCUGCAUCAUGAUUGCAAGCCCAGGAUCAUACACCGCGACAUAAAAUCCAAUAACAUCCUGAUAGAUGAGAAGUUUGAAGCACAUGUUGGCGAUUUUGGUUUGGCAAAAGUGAUUGACAUGCCUCAGUCAAAGUCCAUGUCUGCAGUUGCUGGAUCGUAUGGUUAUAUUGCUCCUGAAUAUGCAUACACAAUGAAGGUUACAGAAAAAUGUGAUAUUUACAGUUAUGGAGUAGUCUUGUUGGAGUUGAUAACUGGAAGAACUCCGGUACAGCCAUUAGAUCAUGGAGGUGAUCUUGUCACUUGGGCCAGGAAUUAUAUUCGGAACAACUCCCUGACAUCUGGGAUACUUGAUAGCCGAAUCGACCUGAAAGAUGAAACUACUGUCAACCACAUGAUAACUGUUUUAAAAAUUGCUUUGAUCUGCACUAGUACGUCUCCUUCGGAGCGCCCAUCAAUGCGGGAGGUUGUGCUAAUGCUAAUUGAGUCCAAUGAGAGAGAGGGACACUUCAUUUCCUCUCCUGAAUAUGAUUAUUCUCAGAAGGAUGACAACUUAUGAGAGUAUGCCCUUGUCUUCUUUACAGAAAGUAGAAAUGAAAAUUCUUUUACUGCUUAUUCUUCUUUGUAUUAUUUACCAUAGGAAGUUAUAGAAGUUAUCUUGUACAUUUCGUCCAAAGAAAUAUCAGUACUUGCAUUCCUCGGGGGAACUUCACUCUCGAACUCACUUUAGUUCUAAAAGAAUUCGCGAUAGCUUAUAGAUUUUGAGUCUUGCUGCUGAAAGCAUUUUUUGUAUAUCUUGUGAUUAGCUUUGAUGUCAGAGGUGAUACAUUUACUUCUACUGAUGAUGGCAACUCUAUUCUAAGAUUUUUUUUUCCCUACCCCA